AUGUACACUAUAGUGUACAGUGGGUCUGAAAGGGAACGUGGGAUAUAUCCCCGCCAGACUUUUUUCCUAAGAGGUGGUGGUUUACAACUUUUCAACAAAAAAUUAUUAUCGGACGGUUAUAAUUCUGAUAUUGGGAGUAUAGAUAAUGAGGAUGAAUUUUUUCCCGAUGAUGAAUUUCAGGAUUUAUUAAAUGAAUUUGAAAAUGAGGAUGUUUUUUGUGACUUGCCAAACGUCUCUGAUAGUAAUAAUACUACUUUUAAUGAAUAUACGCUGGAAAAUAACUUUCCAAUUACUAAUAAGCAAAAUAUAAAAUGGUUAAAUGAACCUUUCCAAAGUUUGACAUUAAAAUUAGAUGAAUUAGAAAAUGAAGUUCAUCCUACAUCUAUGCCUUCACCAAUAGAUUAUUUUAAUCAGUAUUUUCAAGAGGAUUUUUUUGAUAAUAUAGCAUUUAAUACCACGUUAUAUACGGUUCAAAAUGGAAUACAAUUCCAGCCUACAAAUGGCAUGGAAAUAAAAUCACUUAUAGCGAUACACAUAAUAAUGGGUUCAUUAAAAUUUCCACGUGUAAGGAUGUACUGGGAAGAGAUAUUUAAAAUUAAUAUUGUAGCAAAUACUAUGACUCGGGAUAGUUUUUUUCAGCUGAGAUCAAAUUUACAUAUAAUUGAUAAUAACAGUAUCUCAAGUAACAAUAAAGAUAAAUUUAUAAAAGUUCGGCCUUUGUAUGAUACAAUAAAAAAAAAGUGUAAUAGUUUAGUAAAGGAACAAAACUUAAGCGUCGAUGAGCAAAUGGUGCCAUUCAAGGGUACCCUUUCUGUUAAACAAUAUAUGAAAGGUAAGCCUUGUCCUUGGGGUAUAAAAAUAUAUCUACUUGCUGGACAAAGUGGUACAGUUUAUGAUUUUAUAUUGUAUCAAGGUGCAUCUACUGAAAUUAAUUCUGAUUUACAAAAACAAUUUGGUGUUGGUGGUGCGAUUGUAUUGCAAUUAACACAAGGAAGGAAUUAUGCGGCUGGAACUAUAAGAACAAAUCGUUUUGCUAAUCCACCUCUUUUGGCAGAUAAAAUAACGGCAAAAAUUGGACGUGGAACAUCGUACGAAAUAAAAUCUAAAAAAAACAAUAACUUUUCUUUGGGCAUAUUAAAAUGGUACGAUAAUAAACCAGUUAAUAUGGCAUCUAAUUUUAUUACAUCUGGUGAAGUUGAAAUUAUAAAACGUUGGGACAAAAAAAAUAAAUCAUAUGUUGAAAUAGAAAGACCGGAAAUUAUAACUUUAUAUAAUAAAUCAAUGGGUGGCGUUGAUAAAAUCGAUCAACUUAUAAGUACAUAUAGAACAUUUAUAAAAUCAAAAAAAUGGACAUUACGGCUCAUAGUACAUGCUUUUGAUUUGGUAGUGGCUAAUUGUUGGACUCAAUAUAUAAAAGAUGCAAAAUAUUUAAACAUCCAAAAAAAUAAAAUCUUAGAUUUGUUACAUUUUCGGUUACAGUUAGCUAAUGAAAUACAAAAUUGCCGUAAAAUAAUAACUCCAAAAAAGAAAAGGCAGACCUAG